UGUGUGUGUGUGUGUGUUUGUUUUUAUUACAUUGUGGGGUCCUCAGCAUGUUAGCACACUCACAAAGUGGGGACCAAAAACAUGGUGGGGACCAAAUCCCCGGUCCUCACAAUGUUUUGCUUCUAAUGGCCUCAGGGGGCGUUGCUGAUAUGCCUAGUUCAGUUUUUUUUCAAAACCCCACCCUGAGCAAAUACCUGUUUUGAGUGUGCGAGUGUGUGUCGCAGCGGUGCUCUUUAGCGCCCCUGUAGUAUGUUCCCGGAACUGCACCCGUAAACACACAUUUGACGUCACAAGAAGAGACACACCUCACCAGCUUUUCGUGGGUAAUUAACCUAAUUUCUUUUAUUCAAAAUCAUAUUUGAGCUGUUUGAAAACGCGGAAAUCAUGUGAAUUAAUGGACAAUAUGGUGUUGAUGUAUAUUUUUAGUGUAAAAUUAUUAACAAACUUGCACAUUGGUAUGUAUUUUAAAGCGUUUUUAAAUGUGUAAAAAUACACUAUUAUUUAACUUGAAUUGCACUUCGAUAUAUAUAUAAAGUGUUUACAUGUAUAGGAUAAGCGUGUGAGCUUAUUUGCAACAUUUUCGACGCCACGUGGUAGACGCUAAGAGACCGGAGCGUCGUUAGUUAGUCCCGGGGCGACGCUACUGCAAGGGCCGGUGUAAAACUCACUCCGACACGGCCUUGCGUGGGAGAAUGAGACGGAGGAGAAUUAAUCUGGUGAAAGACGCGGAGGAGCACGCGUUCAAUGCCACUGACAAGAGGGAUGUACUGGAGGCUAAACACAUCGAUGAUUUUAAAGGUCGUGGAGUGUUUGCUUUGGCCCCUUUUAAUAAAGGAGAUUUUGUUGUGGAGUACAGGGGGGAACUGAUUGACUUCAUUGAGGCAGAACGCCGAAGAGAAGUCAAUAGAAAUAUAGUCUUUAUGUUUGAUUUUCUUUGGCAAAACAGGAAGUGGUGCAUUGAUGCAACUGAUGAGAACAAAACCCUUGGUCGGCUAGUGAAUGACGAUCACAUCACCCCAAAUUGUACAAUGAAAAAAAUUGUUGCACAGGAAAGACCCCAUUUGUGCCCUUUUGCUCUGAGAUAUGUUAUUCCUGGAGAGGAUAUAACUUAUGACUAUGGACCAAGUGACUGGCCUUGGAGAGAGUCUUCCAUGAAGGAUGAUGACUUUAUGACGACCACUGAGAACUGCUCUGAGAGUCCCGUUACUUCUACAGACCUUUUACAACUUACAUCUGAGUCUUCCAUGAAGGAUGAUGACUUUAUGACGACCACUGAGAACUGCUCUGAGAGUCCCGUUACUUCUACAGACCUUUUACAACUUACAUCUGAGCCUUUGGUUGACUACACAGACAGUGAAGAUGACGUUUUGUAUUCUGAACCUAUGACGUCUUAUAAACAGAUGAGACCUGCAAUUCAUGAAGAAUCAGAUGAUCUUUUCAAAUCAGAAAAUUCCAGUGUAAGCAGUGAAGAUGAAAAUACAGACAUCAAAGACACCAGACAGAAACGUACAACCUUUGGGACGACUGAACAACAUCAAGCUUAUUCAUUCAAAAGUGCAACAUCCACUAGGAGAGAGUUACACUGGACAAUGAUGUGGAUGAUGCUAAAUCCAGUCCAAAAAAGUGCACUGAAUUAUCCUCACAACACACUGCACCAGAGUGCACUGAAUUAUCCUCACAACACACUGCACAUGAAGACGAUGAUGACCACACCCUUCCUGCAGACCCAGCACUCAAAAAGAAAAAAGAAACGCAGGAUGCGCGUGCAGUUAUAUGUUAAGGCAGAUUCACACUGUUGAGUAUGUUGGCUCUUGGUUAUCUUGUAACAUAAGGAGGUCGUAAAGGUGAUGAUGUGAAUUUGUCCAUUAAUGGUAAUUAAAUUACAUUCCUAGGACAUGGCAGUUACGUUGCCAAUUGGUAAGUCAUGAAAUUACCAAAAAGAAUGAAUAAUUAUGUAACUGUGACUGUAUUUUAUGUUAGCAGAGUAUUCAUAAUAACUGGAGUCUUAUACUUAUACCUGUAUAGUGUUUGUGAGAUUGCAGAAGCUAUUUUGGUGAAGCUUUGUUCAAAAAUCUUAGCUUGCUUAAUGUAUACUAAUUAUUCCCAGAAUAACCAUUUUGUUUUUAACUAAUGCGUAAAACGGCAAUAUAAUGCAUAAUAUGGUCAUCACAACUUUAUUAUCUUGUUUGGUCUGUAAAGACUAUAAGAACAUGCAUACAAUUUUUUUUCCCCUGAAUAAUAAAAUAAGUGGCAUUUUCUCAAAUGGUAAAAGUAAGUUUUACAUUAUAAUAGCUCUGUUAGAUCCACUAACCUUCACUUUUAACCAACAUGACUGUGACUUUAAUGUUGUGUUUGGACAGAUGACAUAAAAGUACAGUUCUCUAUCUAUUUAACAAGUUAAUUUCACUGUUUGAUGCAUUGCCAAGAUAUUCACUUCAUUUUUAUUCCCUCAGGUCACGUUAAGAGGAUGCCCUGGAGCAAGGAGGAAAUACAUGCCGUUGAGAAACACAUGAUGAAUUUUAUAAAGAACAGUAAGGUGCCAGGAAAGGCAGACUGUUUGAGAUGCAUACAGGCUGAACCACUUGCUCUUAAAAACAGAGAGUGGCCAGCUCUGAAGUUCUACAUUAAAAAUCGCAUCACUACACUACAAAGAAAGAAAUUAACACAUUAAUACAAAAAAGAAAAGCCGCAUCAAAUUUAAAUGCAAAUAAGCAUGUGAUCACAUGUGUAAUGUGAUUUUUGGAACAUUGUUAAUCCAAUGUAUUCAUGUGUAAAAACCCAAGGAAUCACAUGUGAAAAAUGUGGCAACAUAUGAAAAAGUGUAAUCACAGUGUGCAGCAUGCGGUCUUGUGUUAUCCACAUGUGAUCACGAUUAACACACGAGGAAUCACAUGUGGAAAAUGUGGCGACAUAUGAAAACAUGUUUUCACAUGUGAUUCCUUGUGUGUUAAUCCCAUUCAAAUUCUCAUGUAAAAACCCAAGUGUUCCAAAAAUCACACAAAUUCAAAUUGCUCACAUGUGAUCACGUAUAAAAAAAUGUGAAAUUUGUGUGUUUUUUCUAUAAGAGAUGUCAAUUUGUUUUGUUUUGUCCUGUAUGGACAUUUGUGUUCAGUUCUGAGAUCAAAAUGAGUUGCUGCAGUUACCAGUGAGCAAUAUGGUUCAUGUUAUGAUCACAAACAUGCAUUUUAUGGUGAAGUUAUGCUUUUACUUAUCAGUAAGAAGUUUCAAGAAACGUUGUAUGUAAAAAUACAUACAAAGAAAAAAAGUGUUUUAUGAGUUUCAUAUACUGGACUAGUGUUUUGAACACAGGAAUGAGUUUUUUUUUAAAGUAAUGAGUUUUAAAAAUAUGUUCAGACGACACAUGACAUGUUCAUGUCAGAUGUUUUGGAAGCGUUUUACUGAAGCUGAACCACUUCAGCAUCUGUGGAAUAUAUGAAUAAAGUUUCAAAUAUUUUCAGCUACUUUUUUGAUCGGAGUAGUGUUUUCU